AUGCUAUCUCUUGGUAAUUCCAGUUCUUCAGUUUUCUUCUUGACAGGAUUUCCAGGGCUGGAAGCUUUCCACAUCUGGUUCUCCAUCCCUUUUUGCUGCCUGUAUAUAAUUGCCCUGUUGGGGAACAGCAGGAUUCUCUAUGUGGUGAUGACAGACUCCAAUCUCCAUGAGCCCAUGUACUAUUUUCUCUCCCUGCUCUCAACCACUGACAUGGGCAUCACCAUUUCUUCUCUUCCCACAACACUGGGUGUCCUCUGGUUCAAUACCAGAAUUAUCAGCUUAGAUGCCUGCAUUGUACAGAUGUUCUUUCUGCAUGGAUUUACCCUCAUGGAAUCCUCUGUGCUAUUGGCCAUGGCUUUUGACCGUUUUAUCGCCAUCUGCAACCCCUUAAGAUACGCUAUGAUCUUAACUAACUCUAGAAUCAUCAAAGCUGGGGUUGUGAUUAUUGUACGAAUGUUGUUCAACCUGGUGCCCUUGCUUCUGCUUCUUAAGCGGUUGUCCUUCUGUGGUCCUAAUAUGCUUGCUCACUCCUAUUGCUAUCAUCCUGAUGUGAUUAAGUGUUCGUGUUCAAGUAUCAAGGUCAACAGCAUCUGCGGCUUAGUUGUUCUCAUUCUGACAUCUGGUAUAGACAUUCCCUGCAUUUUCCUUUCCUAUGUGCUAAUCAUUAAGUCCAUCUUCAGGAUUGCUUCCCCAGAGGAACGAACUAAGAUCUUCAGCACCUGUUUCUCUCACAUUGGUGCCGUUGCCAUCUUCUACAUCCCCUGGGUCAUUUUGGCCCUGGUACAUCGCUUUGCUCAUAAGGCACCUCCAUAUGUUCAUACUCUGAUGUCAACUCUCCAUUUCCUCUUUCCCCCAGUGCUGAAUCCUAUCAUAUAUAGUGUGAAGACCAAGCAAAUACGUAGGGCCUUCUUCAAACUGUUUUCAAACACAAAGUAG